UCUGCCUAGCUGUCUGUCUCUGCUUGCGAUCGAACGGCCUGAAAAAACUGACGAUGGCAAGUGUGGGUGGCUGCAUGCAUGCGCGCGCGCGGCUAGCAACGCGGGGCGAGGUGAGCCAACCACGCCAACUCCGACCAUUCCUCCCGUCGCCUCCCUCUCUUGACACCAUCUCAACCUCCAUCCCCUCCAUGACUUGUGUUUUGCCAUCGCGCGCUUUUGCCCACCGCUUCUCUCCUCCUCCUCUCCCCCCUUCCCUUUCCCUCCCGGCGUGUGGUGGUCGGAGGUUGCCAUUCAUUGGCCGCCCCCACCACCGCACCCGCCGGUGAGGAGGGACACCGCCAUCACAUUCUUGCUAUAUCCAACGACCUCCAUUGAUUAACUACGUGCGUGUGAGAAACUAAUCAACCGGCCGGCGUGCUGGCUUUCCUCAUCUUCAAGAUGCACCGGUGGUUCAUUGCCAGCUGCGGAGACAUACGUGCGGCGGCGGCGCGCUCAUCCCGCCGCCGAGGAGGCGAUGCGAUUGCGCCCAAGUCGGCGCCGCCGUCGCCGUCGCCGCCGCCGAGGCUGAGGAAGACGGUGUCGGAGACGGCGGCGGUGAUGCUGGCCGUGCCCAAGGACGUGGAGGAGUUCCGGACCAUGCCGGCGUACGGGACCAACCUCGAGCUGUUCACCUACGACCAGCUCAGGGCCGCCACCGCCGACUUCAGCCCCGAACAGAUCGUCGGCGAGGGCGGCUUCGGCGUCGUCUACAAGGGCCUCAUCCAUGGCGCCGUCGUCGCCGUCAAGCAGCUCAACCCCUUAGGCCACCAGGGCGACAGGGAAUGGCUGACGGAAGUGAGCUACCUGGGGCAGUACAACCAUCCGAAUCUGGUGGAGCUCAUCGGCUACUGCUGCGAGGACGAUCACCGGCUGCUGGUCUACGAGUACAUGGCCAAUGGCAGCCUCGAGAACCACCUCUUCCGACGUUCAUGCAACCUCUCAUGGACGACCCGGAUGAAGAUCGCCUUGGACGUGGCGAGGGGCCUCGCCUUCCUCCACGGCGGCGACCGGCCGAUCAUCUACCGCGACUUCAAGACCUCCAACAUUUUGCUUGACACAGAUAUGAAGGCGAAGCUGUCGGAUUUCGGGCUGGCGAAGGAGGGGCCGCGGGGAGGGAAGACGCACGUGUCGACGAGGGUGAUGGGGACGUACGGCUACGCGGCGCCGGAGUACGUCGCCACGGGCCACCUCACCGCGAUGAGCGACGUCUACGGCUUCGGCGUCGUCCUGCUCGAGAUGCUCGUCGGCCGCCGCGCGCUCGAGCCGCCGGCCGCCGGCUGCAGCAAGUGCAACCUCGUCGACUGGGCCCGCCCCAUCCUCAUCCGGCCCAAGAAGCUGGAGAGGAUCGUCGACCGCCGGAUGGCGCUGCCGGCGCCGGCGGCGGACUACGGCGGCGGCGUCGACGCCGCCGUCGAGCGGGUGGCGCGCCUCGCCUACGACUGCCUCAGCCAGAACCCCAAGGUCAGGCCCACCAUGGGCAGGGUCGUGCACGUCCUCGAGGCCGUCCUCGCCGACCACCACCACCACGCCGGUGCUGCUGCCGCCGCUGCACGGCCGGCAGCCGCCGCCGCCGCCGCCACCGCCACCGCCGGCCGGUUAUAUGUAUAGAUGUACAUGUUUGGGAAUUAAUUAAUUUCAUCAUUGAUUACGUAAUAUUAUUAUAGGGUCUUUAUAUA